AUGACUGGAGGUGACUGGGAGGGGACCUGCAGGUGCAUCGAGGAGAAGCGCAAGCGCACCCGCGAGACCUGCUCCUUCGUCCAGCGCAGCCCCCUGCCCGGCCCGGCCCCCUCCGAGCCCCGGCCCCCCCGGCGCAUCGCGGUGCCCUCCCGGCCCCCCCGGCCCCCCACUCUCCCCCCAGCCCCCCCCUUCUCUUUCGGGGGGGCAGGGGGGCUGUUGGGGGGCCCCCCCCCCGAACCGGAGCCGCUGGCCGAGGCCCUUCUGCAGCUGCAGUUCGAAGAGGGGCCCCCCCCGGGAAGGGGGGGCAGCGGGGGGGGGGGCACCUCCCCUUUGGAUUUAGGGGCGCUCCUGGGGGACCCCCCUUUCCCCCCCCUCGAUACCAUCAACGCCGCCGACGUCCAACGUUUGCUGGGCCCCCCGGAGCCCCCCCCAGCUUUUGGGGAUCCCCCCCCUGAUUUUGGAGGGGGGGCUUCUGAUUUUGGGGGCCCCCCAGAUUUUGGGGCCCCCCCCAUGCUGUUGUCGUACCCCGAAGCCAUCGCUCGGCUGGUGCAGAGUCAGCCCCCGGGGGGGGGCCCCGAAAUUGGAGGGGGUCCCCAGUUGGGCGGGGGGGCUGAGUUGGGGGGGGGCCCCGAUUUGGGGGGUGGGGGGGCCCCCGAGGACUCGCUGCCUUCCCUGGGGGACCUGGACUUCAGUGCCUUCCUCAGCCAGUUCCCCUCCUCCUAA